AUUCGUUGCAUGCGAACUGGCGAACAAAUCGUUUUGUUUAAACUUAUUUUAUCAAAAAAAUAGAUUUCAAAUAGUCACCCCAAGUUUUAAAUUGUGUCUAAAAUGGACCCGGAAAAGGUAGAAUAUGAACUGCAGCAUUUUCAAAUGUGCACCGAGGACAUCAUUGCGGAACAUUCGGUUCUCAUGAAAGAAUUCAUCAAACGUUCGUUGAUUGAUUUCACCGAAGAGUUUAUCGCUAAGCAUCGGAUUCCGGCCGACAGGGCCAUCGAGCUACGGGCCCAGUGUCAUCCUACGGCCAGCAAAAUGUUCGAUGAUUGCAGCGAAAAGUUGGAGGACCUCAGUCAGCUUUACAGACAGACGUUUACCAUCCCAGACAACAUUCUGCUGCCCCAGGAUUUGCAACAACGAAAGGGCUACAAGGUCGAAGAGGUGAAAGCUCUCGAAACCAAGGUGGCUGAGCUGGAUAAGCAAUUUCGUCAGGAUGGUGUAUUCUUGGCCCGGUUGGAGGACGAACUGAAAAUGUACGAACUUCUGGGGCCCUGUAUAGAAGAGGAAAAACGGCUGCUUGAGCUGGUCGACAAAUGUCGCGAAGAGGAUGUCGUUCCGCCGGAAGAUUUGAGCCUCGUUCAGGAGCUGGCAUCGGUCAUGGAGUCGGUUCUCCACACGUGAUCGUUCCCGAGCCGUGCGAAUGCUGUUUGGUGGAGAUGUUUUGAAGUAGGUAUCAGUUAAUUUAAAUAAUUAUCACGAACUGUUAUUCUUAAUAUGUACACAUCGUUUUGGAUUUUCAAAAAAACGUUUUAACUAUAUUUUAACCCGAGUUGAAAUUGUUUCUGAGAAAUGGUUAAUUUGACUCAAAUUAAUCCGGGUGAGAAUAUUUAUUUUUUCUGGUAAGUUCUAUUAAGGAUAUAAUCCUUAAUUUGAUGAAACAAUACAAUGAUUAACCAUAAGACUUCCUAUCAAAUGCUGGGGAAUGACAGAAAUCUUGGUAGAGAUAGGCUUUAAUAAUCUAAAGUGAUCAACUACCUACCAUUCCAAAAAAUAAUUCUAUCCUAGUUUAACGAGUAACUCACAUCAAUUAUUCAUAAAAGGUCCAUUGCUUCAA